UCUUCAUCGUCUUCUUCUUUACAAAAGUCAAAGGGUCACAAGAAUUUGGAAAAAUUUAAGAACAUGUUUGUUUGAAAAGAGAAAAGUCCCCUAACCCAAGUGGUCGGAUCUGUCCAAAAAGAAAAUAAAAUUGUGACGGUCACAACUCACAAGAGGUAAAGAUAAAAAGGAAACGGAUUUGAAGGAAACCGCUCAGAGAGAUUUAAUUAGACAGACCACUCACUCGCAGCAUCUCUCUCUCUCAAACCCUCUUGUCGUCUUUCUCCAUCAAGACAAACCAAAUUCAAACGUCACUGAUUGUGAGACAGAGAGGCAAAACAAAACAAAAACCCAGAGUGUGUGUGUUCCAAUCUCUCUAAAAUAAUCCCUACUUCUAUUUUUUUCCUCGUUUCAGUUUCUGGGUUUUAAUCAAUUUAUCUCCUUUCUCUCUCUCUCUUCCUAUCUGAAUUCCAGUCUGAAAUCGUCGGGAAGUUUUAUGCUUUGUAACAACAACGCAAAUGCGAGUUUCUUGUUUCUCUCUCUGUUUGCUUCUACUCUGUUUAUCUCACCUCUGUCUCGGCCAGCAAUCUUCUUCUUGUCGGGUACUGUGAUGAAUCUUAGGAACAAUCAGUUUCUAUUUAGAGAAGCGUAGUAUUUCACCUGCCAGGGCUUUGAGAUUUGUCUAUUUGCAUCUUUCUGGAAUUUUCUCUUUUUUUUUCUUUUUCUUUCUCAGAUCCAUUUGACCUCAUCCCCAGACAUCAAAAGUUUAAAUCCUUUUUUAAAGGGUUUAAUUCUUGUCCAUUUGUGUAAAAUUCACCAUCUUCGAAGAAGACCAUGAGAGGCGUCUUCUUCAUCGUCUUCGUUACGUGUCUAGUCUUCUUACCGGAUCCUCUACUCGCUGGUGUAGCGUACACCGGGAGCAUCACUCCAGGGUUUUCAGGAUCUCAGAUGAAUUACAUCAACAACGACGGUAUCUUCCUCAAUUCCAACAACUCCGACUUUGGCUUUGGUUUCGUAACUACACAAGCUUCCGUCACUCUGUUCACGCUCAGCAUCAUUCACAAGAGCAGCACGAAAUUGAUCUGGUCGGCGAACAGAGCUUCCCCUGUUUCCAAUUCCGACAAUCUUGUGUUCGACGACAACGGGAAUGUUGUGCUGCGUGGAGAAGAAGGCGGAACUGAGGUUUGGAGACUGGACAAUUCAGGCAAAAAUGCUUCGAGAAUGGAGCUACGUGACUCGGGGAAUCUCGUUCUUGUUUCCGUUGACGGGACUUCGAUCUGGGAGAGUUUUGAUCAUCCCACAGAUACUCUCAUUACGAAUCAAGCUUUUAAACAAGGCAUGAAGCUCACUAGCAAUCCUUCUUCCAGCAACAUGACUUUUGCUCUCGAGAUCAAAUCAGGAGAUAUGGUUUUAUCUGUGAAUAGCUUGACCCCUCCUCAAGCGUAUUGGUCGAUGGGAAGUGCCAGAGAGAAGAUCAUCAACAAAGACGGCGUGGUAACUUCGUCGUCUCUCCUUGGGAAUUCAUGGCGCUUCUUUGAUGAGAAACAGGUUCUGUUAUGGCAGUUUAUAUUUACUGACAACAAAGAUGAUAACGCAACUUGGAUCGCCGUUUUGGGAAGCAACGGUGUCAUCUCUUUCUCAAAUAUCGGAAGCGGAGCAUCUGCUGCUGAUUCUUCUACCAAAAUCCCGGGUGAUCUUUGCGCAACACCCGAGCCUUGUGGGUCUUACUACGUCUGCUCGGGUUCUAAAGUGUGUGGAUGUGCGCCCGGGUUGUCUCGGGUUCGGUCUGAUUGCAAAACCGGGAUCACUUCUCCCUGUAAGAAAAACAAGGAUAACGCCACAUUGCCGUUGCAGCUCGUAAAUGCUGGGGAUAGUGUAGAUUACUUCGCUCUAGGGUUUGCUUCUCCCUUCUCCAAGAAAACGAGUCUUGAUAGUUGUAAAGAGUUCUGCAACAACAAUUGCACGUGCCUUGGUCUUUUCUUCCAGAACAGUUCUGGUAACUGCUUCUUGUUUGAUUGGAUUGGAAGCUUCAAAAACUCUGGUAAUGGAGGCUCCGGGUUUGUUUCUUACAUCAAGGUUGCAAGUACUGGUGCGGGAGGUGGAGAUAACGGAGAAGAUGGUGGGAAACAUUUUCCUUAUGUAGUGAUUAUUGUCGUGGUGACGGUUUUUAUCAUCGCAGUUUUGAUAUUUGUGGCCUUCCGGAUUCAUAAGAGAAAGAAAAUGAUUUUGGAGGCUCCUCAAGAGAGUUCAGAGGAGGAAAAUUUCUUGGAGAAUUUAUCUGGGAUGCCUAUCAGGUUCGCUUACAAAGAUCUUCAGUCAGCGACGAAUAACUUCUCGGUGAAGUUAGGUCAAGGAGGGUUUGGAUCGGUCUAUGAAGGUACUUUACCGGAUGGUUCUCGUUUGGCCGUGAAGAAACUUGAAGGAAUAGGUCAGGGUAAAAAAGAAUUCAGAGCCGAGGUAAGUAUAAUCGGAAGCAUUCAUCAUCUGCAUCUGGUGCGGCUCAGAGGAUUCUGCGCUGAAGGGGCUCAUAGGCUUCUCGCUUACGAGUUCUUAUCUAAAGGUUCGUUAGAGAGAUGGAUAUUUAGGAAAAAAGAUGGAGAUGUUCUGUUAGAUUGGGACACAAGAUUUAACAUCGCGCUUGGAACAGCCAAAGGUUUAGCGUAUCUACACGAAGACUGUGAUUCAAGGAUUGUCCAUUGCGAUAUAAAACCUGAGAACAUCCUGUUAGACGAUAACUUCAACGCCAAGGUAUCUGAUUUCGGACUUGCGAAGCUCAUGACCCGCGAACAAAGCCAUGUAUUCACGACAAUGCGCGGGACAAGAGGUUACUUAGCUCCGGAAUGGAUCACAAACUACGCGAUCUCAGAGAAGAGCGAUGUUUACAGCUACGGAAUGGUGUUGCUAGAGUUAAUAGGAGGAAGAAAGAACUAUGAUCCAUCAGAAACUUCGGAGAAAUGCCAUUUUCCAUCUUUUGCUUUCAAGAAGAUGGAAGAAGGGAAGCUUAUGGAUAUUGUUGAUGGGAAGAUGAAGAAUGUUGAUGUGAGUGACGAAAGGGUUCAAAGGGCGAUGAAAACUGCGCUUUGGUGUAUACAAGAAGAUAUGCAAACGAGACCGUCGAUGAGCAAAGUUGUUCAAAUGCUUGAAGGAGUUUUUCCGGUUGUUCAGCCACCAAGUUCUUCUACUAUGGGAUCAAGGCUUUACUCAAGCUUCUUUAAGUCGAUCAGUGAGGAUGGCGGUGCUACUACGUCAUCUGGACCAUCGGACUGUAACAGUGAGAAUUAUCUCUCCGCCGUGAGACUCUCCGGUCCGAGAUAGUAAUCUUUUUUUUUCUUUCUUUUAGCCAGUUUUUAGAAUCUUAAAAUAGGUUUUUGGCUCACCAUAUAUAUUGUUCUUGGGUUUUAAAUCUUGAAAGAAUAGUCUUCUUCUCUCACUCUCUCAGUAUUGUAUGUUCCGAGAUUUAUUAUACUAUAGAUUACCCGUCGUUUUUCUCAACU